GUUGCGGAGGCGGUGGCCGGCCAGCCUCACUCUGCCUCUGCCAGCCGUUGCUCCAGGCAGCUCGCUCACCGGAUUCGGUUUUUCCCCUGAGACCCCCGCCAAGAUGCCCUCCCAGCUGGAGCACGCCAUGGAGACGGUCAUGCUCACCUUCCACAAAUUUGCCGGCGACAAGAACUACUUAGCCAAAGAGGACCUGCGGCUGCUGAUGGAAAAAGAGGUCCCCGGGUACAUGGAGAAUCAGAAGGACCCCAUGGCCAUCGACCGGAUCAUGAAGAACCUGGAGGAAUGCCGGGACGGCAAAAUCGGCUUCGAGGGCUUCCUGUCCCUCUUUGCCGGCUUGACCAACGGCUGCAACGAGUAUUACGUCAAGAAAAUGAAGCCGACGGGGAAGAGGUUCUGAAUGGGGCAGACCCAGCUGGCUCUUCCCAAGCACUGACGGCGCGUUUUGGCCCACGGAGAGCUUCAACGGUGCCCGCCUCGCCUGCCCGCUUCCCCAUCCAAAGCCAGCUCCUUCCGCUUCAGAGUGGCACACGUUGUCCCAGGCCUGACCACCCGAGCUGACCACGUACAGGAGAAACUAACCCCGAAUCAAAA